AUGCUUGGUUCUGGUGGCGUUUUUGUGCUGGUAGGACUGAUUUUCCUUGCCGCCGCUUUCGGAGGUGCCAUAUUCGCCGUGAAAUUCGCAUUCUUCAAGCUGCCUUCCGAUGCAGGCGCCCAUGAAAACAGUAGACUCCAACCGAGAUUGACCGUCUGCGUGACUGCACUAUGGGUGGCCGUAUGGUCUCUUCUUUCUAUCGUAUCCAUCUACGUCUCUGAGCCGGGCUCUAGCAAUGAGGUGCUCACCUCUUUACUCGUGCAUGGAACGAGCGUUCAGGCAUUCGUGUCUGCUGUUGCGAUGUUCUUGAAUCUCAACUUCCAAAUCGGCAUGGUCAGCAUCUUCGGUGAUACCCCGACAAGCCAUUAUGAACGCGAGAGUAGUAUUAAAAAAAGCUCCCGUCUCUUGACAUGCUUUCUUGCCCUCGUCAUCCCAUUGGCAAUCGCCCAAUCCAUUUUGAUCGAAAUCAGCUUCUCGUCGCAACCACAUGUGCCUGGGGAUGGGUUGUACAACGCUUUAGCUGGUGUACAACUUGCAAUAGGCUUGAUCUUCCUCAUAACCGCCAUUAUCUCCCUGAUUCUAAUGAAGACCUGGACCUACUAUCUCCCUCUCCUCCUCGUCGGAGGUCUGUCACUCAUUCGACAUUUAAACACCGUAGUCCACGACAUUACCCUUCUUGUUGGUUACUAUACCUUCAAGUUCGGAAGUCCAACUAGAAUUGUGCUCGUGUGGUAUGAUGUCUCAGUAUUAUUAUCGAGCUGGACCACCGUCAUCGGCCUAAUCGUACUUCUCCAACUUCUGGCAACAUAUUUCACUGAUGCAGCUGCAGAGUCAUCUCCAGUAGAUGAUAGGAGACCUCUUCUGGAUCGCUCCUGGGAAAGUUCGGCAGGGACAUUCACCGGGUAA